CCUGCUAACUGCACACGUUUGACAGUUUUAUCGAAGAGUUUAUUGCAUUUUAAACAAUUUUAAGUUGUUUUCUAUUAUAAUAACAGAUACAGUACACACGCUGAGUGAUAUCGCCUUGCUAUAGUUAUGGUGGAACCAGCUUUAUUAAACCAAGGAUGGCAUUUAUCCAGAGAAGGGCUUGAAAGGUGUAAGAAUGGCAGCCCUGAAGCAAAAGUGGAUUCUAUUAUACAAGCAGCCCUCAAUACUGAUCUGCGACAUAUUGGUCUACCAGUUUUCUCUACGGAUACAAGCAAAGGAAAGGGUGACAAGAUUCAAGGUCCGAUGGUAUUACAGAUCCAGAAGGUACGGAACAUCUCUGCACCUAAAGCUAAUGAAGAUUCCGGUGCAGCCCCACCACUGCUUCGUCUUCAGUUGACCGAUGGCCAUACUACUGUCCUGGCUGUAGUACUCAACAGCAUCGCAAAGAUAAGUAUGACUACACCGCCUGGGAGUAAGCUGAAGCUACAAGGCUGUGUAGCAAUGAAUCAUGGUUUCUUGCUACUCACGGACAGUAAUUGUAAAGUACUAGGAGGUCAGGUUGAAGAACUUAUACAGAGAUGGCAUCUAGCGAAGAGUUUAGCCCAACACACAAGGAACGCAGUAUCUGGAUCAGGUGGCCCACCUCCAUGGAUUCCGUUCGGACAACGAGGCACACAGAGUCGAGACAACCAGAAAUCAACCAAAAUCACCAUCAAGAAAUCCUUAGAUGAUCCCAAACCAAAAGAGCUAACGGAACAGGAGAAAGAGUUUGAAGAGCAGCGGAAAGCCGCAAUCCAAGAAGUCAACAAGAGUAAACAAGGUCAAGGGAAGACGUUUGGAGGCUCAAAGUCUGCUGUUACCUCACAGCCAGCUAGAAGGGGUUAUGAUAAUAAUCAUGGUGGAAGGGAUGCAAGGAGAGGGGACCAGUUUGAAGCUCCGGUUACCGGUGGAAAGCCUAGAUCAGAGGGCUUCUACAGAGAUUUAGAUUAUGGGGGUUAUCAGCCUAAUGAGAGAGAUAUUCAACAGCUAGUAACUAUGGGAUUCCAACGCGAUGCUGCAUCCAAUGCACUCAGGAAACACACAGGAAAUAUGGAUGCUGCAAUAGAGAUGCUUGUAACAUCACCGUCAGGCCCCCCACAGAUACAACCACAUAGACAUGAACAACAGAGGCCAGAUACUAGACCGGAACGAGGUCAUGGUAGAAGAGGAAGACGUGGUGGUGAUGAAGAUGAAGAACAAAGUGCACCACCAGCAGCACCUGCUACGCUCUUUGACUUCCUUCAACCCAAACUAGGAAAAGAUAAAGGGAAAUCCUCUGAGCAUUCAAAUGAAGUGACGUCAAGCAAGAACAGAAACUAUGCUAAAGAACAACCAUACUCAGUGCAGGAAGCUGGCAUAUCCUUUGUGCAUAAGAAUAAGGGUCAAGGGUCAAACUCCGGUCAAGGGUCAAACUCCAAUCAGUGGGACCAGCCUAAUGACGAUAGUAGUGUACGCGGCUAUAACGCAGAUAGGAAACCCAGGAGAGAUGAUUAUAGUAAAGGACGGGGAUAUGGCGGGAAUGAUAAUAGAGACAGGAGACCAGACUUCAACCAGCAGAAAGCUUAUAACCAAGGUAGGAGAGACUUUGAGUCUAGUCCCAGGAGAGAUGACUUCAAUAGACAUGGUAGAAAUGAUAGAGGAGACAGGAAACAAGAUUUUGAUGGAAAGUCUGGUUCCAGGGACUUCAAUAGAGAAAGACAUGGUGGAAGUGAUAAUAGAGACAGGAAACAAGACUUUGAUGGAAAGUCUGGUCCCAGGAGAGAUGACUUCAAUAGACAUGGUGGAAAUGAUAGAGGAGACAGGAAACAAGACUUUGAUGGAAAGUCUGGUUCCAGGGACUUCAAUAGAGAAAGACAUGGUGGAAGUGAUAAUAGAGACAGGAAACAAGACUUUGAUGGAAAGUCUGGUCCCAGGAGAGAUGACUUCAAUAGACAUGGUGGAAAUGAUAGGGGAGACAAGAAACAAGACUUCAAUUCAACUGGCUUUAAUUCUGACAGAAACAAAAGGAACUUUGACCAAAAGUCUGGUCCCAGGAGAGAUUACUAUAUUAGAGAGCCAAGAUUUGGUGGAAAUGACAGUGGAGACAGGGCACCAAACCGCAGUAACAAUAAGGAGAACAGUAACUACAGGGGUUCCUUUAGAGAGAAGAAUGAGGGCGCCAGACAAAAGGACACUAACCAUCACACUCAUGAAAUCACAAACGAUGGUCAACAAAGAACAGAGAAUCAAACCAAUCAAAGAGAGAACAUGAGUCGUGGAGGUCAACAAAGGUCAUCGGACAGGGGUGAGCAAAGGUCAUCGAAAGGGGGUCAGCAAAGGUCAUCAGACAGAGGUCAGCAAAGGUCAUCGGACGGAGGUCAGCAAAGGUCAUCUGACGGAGGUCAGCAAAGGUCAUCCGACGGAGGUCAGCAAAGGUCAUCAGAUGGAGGUCAGCAAAGGUCAUUGGACAGAGGUCAGCAAAGGUCAUCGGACAGGAAAGCAGACUACCAGGAUAGCAGACCACCACGGUUCCAGAAACACAAUGAUUCAUAUAAUGAUAGUGUUAAUGUUUCUCAGCGGACGACCGCUAGAAAUGAAGCUGGAGUUGUUGCUAGUGGGAAGGAAGCAAGGAGGAACGACGCCCCUCCUGCUCAAUCUACGCCAGCUGUUAGACCAGGGGAACCGUGUCAAGCUAAAUAUUGGGAGGAUGGACAGUUUUACAAUGCAGUACUGACAGCAGUUCACCCCAGUGGUCGUACGUGUGUUGUGCUGUUCCCUGAGUAUGGCAACCAUGAAGAGGUGAAGAUGGCAGACACAAGACCAAUUCCUUCACCGGCAUGGACGGGAUCGGCACAAGCAGUUCCUGGUCCACCAGUUCCACCUCUACUAAUGUCUCACUCUGCCAAUCCAGGAGUGUUUGCAGGAUCAACCAAUGUACAGCUAGAGUUUUAUAAAGGUGGUGAGGGUAGAGUUCACUCCAAGAACAGACAGCAGAGAGAACCCAGACAAAAUACCAGACCCUCUCAGAACUUCUACCAACCCCCUGACUCGAGGAAAUAGCGGCUUUAUUCUUACAGGUGAAAGUAUUCAUGUUAAGAAUUUCUUGUAAUACUAAACAUUCUAUACAUUUUAUAAAGAACCUCUGGAAAGGACCAUUGGUGUGCAAAACUCAAUUCGUGGUUCAGACCUGAUCGUGCCCUGCCCUUCUUCUUCUUGCGUAUGUCGAGAACAAAACUUUAGUUAAGACUUCCAAAAGUUCUGUGAAGCAGCCACUCUCUAGUGGUCUCAUCCACUUCCAUCAGCCCGGGGAUGCCGUUUGGUGGUUUAAACUGGGGGCAAAUUGCCAUGUAAUGAUCUGCUGUUUGCUCCGCUGCACCACACUCACAAGCUGGACUUUGGGCUGAGCCACAUCUGAACCCAGAGCUUGAGAACUGUGCACAAACCCUAUUGGGAAAUAACGCCAAUGACGUCACGAGGUCAUUGCAUAUCAUUAUCAUAGAUAAGCAGUUUUUGACUCUCGGCUGAAAAAGCCGCGCGGAGCGGUGAAUUUUUGACUUGAAUUAUUUAUUACUAAAUGCAAAUUUUAAGCGUAAAACGGUUAUAAACCGUUAUCUACGAUGUUGAUUUGGCCCAAAAAAGGGUAAUAGUUAAAAUAUUGAG